AUGACAAUAAAUAACUUGCCCGAAGAAGUUCAAGUAGAAAUAGCGAGCCACGUAGAAACACCUUUCGUUCUUGGGUGUUGCUCACGCAAUUGGCACAAAAUAGUAAAUUUGCCAUAUACAAAGUACAGGUGGAUACUCAACAAGUACGGAUUUAUUCACGCAUUAUUCCAUGCUGUAAGAAUCGGUAAACCAUUGUUCAAUCUUGAUGUGGCUGAGCUCGUACUAAGAAAUGCUCAUAACAGUCGACAUUUUGUUCAACGACUCAAGCUUGCUUAUGAAAAUUACGGUUUGUGGGGUAACAUUUCCGACGAUGUGUACGAGCGUAUUCUCAAUUAUAAAAAAGAAUAUGCAUGCAGCAACCAUAAUGACAUGCAGUCAAUCCGUCAAGCAUUGGAAGAGGCAAAAAAACGAAGACGAUAUCAAAACAAUAAUUGA